CCAGCCAGCCAGUCAGUCAGUCGGUCCCCUCAUCACCUUCUCACAGACACGGUUGCACCACAUCAACCAGCCUGACCGGCCCGAGUGAAUCCCAUAUGCAUGCAACGGACGCAGCAGCAGCAGCAGCAUGGACGGCAUCAGAGGGCGUGAGGUCAUGGACAAUGCAGCAGGGCGCACUGCGUCUGGAGUCACCAGACCGCACCACCAUCCGCCAGCAAGUGGGCUUCCGGGCCGAAUUAGGAGGAUGAAGAUGAGGUGGACGACGGGAGGUGGGGGCGGCAGCGGCAGCGGCAGCGGUAGCGGCGGUGGCUUGAACGAUCGUCAUCAUUCCAUGGCUUCGCCAUCAUCGCCGGCCACCGUCGUCGUCAAGUGGGAGAACAAGGCCCAAACUCUCGAAAGCGAGAAAUGGAGAAAUAGAGCAAGAAGGAAGCGUCUUUGUGCAUGCGGGCGCAGUCGAAAAGGUGCCAGGAUGCAGAUCUGGGGGGCCUAUAGGCGGCCAGGCCCGGGAGAAGAACGACGGGAAGAGCCUAAAGAGGGGGAAGGGGGGAGGGGAAGUCGGACGGCACGCGAAUCCAUGCUGCACUGUCUGUCAAUCAAUCUUCAUCUCGCCCUUGGCUGUUUCUUUGAUCAACCACGGCGCACGGGUGCCACGUCGGGAACAAACGGUGCUGCUGCUGUUGGUGCUGCUACUGCUGCUACUGCUGCUGCUCGCGGAGGGGCCAUGAUUUGACAUCAAGGAGCAUGCAGCAGCGCUAGAUGACAGUGACACGGGGAUGGUGACUAAGGUAACU